UUUUUUUUUUUUUUUUUACAGGAAUCUAUUGCAGCUAUUAGCUUUGGCAACAAGGGAUCUAGAUACUUAUGUUCCGGGGGAAGUGGUCAAGUUGUAAGAAUAUGGGAUUUGCAGAAGAAGCGCUGUAUCAAAUGGUUAAGAGGUCAUACGGAUACAAUAACAGGUGCGAUGUACAAUUGCAAAGAUGAGCACUUGGCUUCCAUCAGUCUUAGUGGGGGUCUUAUUCUUCACAAUCUUGCUUCUGGUGCAAGGGCUGCUGAACUCAAGGAUCCUAACAAUCAGGUACUGAGAGUACUUGAUUAUUCUCGGAUCAGCCGGCAUCUUUUGGUCACAGCUGGUGAUGAUGGAUCCGUACAUCUGUGGGAUACAACUGGUCGCAGUCCAAAGGUUUCUUGGUUGAAGCAGCACUCUGCACCAACUGCUGGUGUUAGUUUCUCACCGUCAAAUGACAAGGUAAUUGCUAGUGUUGGCCUUGAUAAAAAGUUAUACACUUUUGACUCAGGGAGUAGGAAACUCGCAUCUUGCAUUUCUUAUGAUGCACCUUUCUCUUCAUUGGCAUUCAGAGAUGAUGGCUGGAUACUGGUUGCUCGAACAAGCAAUGGGCGAGUGGUGUUCUAUGAUGUUCGUGGAAAACCACAACCUCUGGUUGAACUUCAUGCAUAUGGCAAUUCUGAGGCCGUCACAAGCCUCUGCUGGCAAAGAUCGAAACUAGUUUUGGUAAAUGAAAACAAUUGCACAGCUGAGACUGCUCUUCUGGGAGGUGCUGUUGAAGAUUCACUCCUUAUGCCUGAUCCACUCCCUUCUGUGACAUCAUCAAGCCUUUCAACUUCUAUAACGACAGCUGGUUCUCGAAACCCUGGUCGUUCAGGCCCUUCUAUAGAGUCAUCUUCCAUGUUAGCAACCAGUAGUGGGUUUAUGUUAAGCUCGCUUCAUUCAUCUACAACAGAAGAAACACCACUUUUCGGCACUUUGUGGACUGGUGGAAAUUUGACGAGAUUCCAUGCUCCUCGUAAUUAUAAUUUCAAGGAUGAUAUGAAAGUGUUUUCCCCACUUGUGGAAGUCCAACCUAUUACACCAUCGCUUGAUAAACUUUGGGAUCAGCAUGAGGGUGCAAAAAAAGAUCAUCUUCGAGUUGAUAAGAAACCUUCUUUGCUCUUUCCUUCAUCGAAUAGGAGAUUUCCUCUUUCAGAGGAAGGAGGUGGUAGUGAUCAUCCAAUUUUUGACUGGAAUCCUAGUUCAACUUCCAAACAGCCAGACAAGUAUGAGUUACCUAACAAGUUCAAACCUGAUCUCGGCAAAUUUACGCAACAGAGACAACUCCUCCAAUCAAGAGUCUUCACUGGGAUUUCCAGAGCAUAUCCCCUUCAGUUCUAUGUCCCUUUCUCUAGGAACAAAAAGUACUACUUUAGGGCAGUCUAACCUUGAUUCUCUGGGGUCAGCAUUAAACCACCCUCGAAAAUUUACCACUUAUGCUGAAAGGAUGAGUACUAAUCUGGCCUUUAGUGAUGGAACAUCCCUCUCGGU